AUGUCUCUGCUCCUUACACUGCUCCUGUACGGACAUCUGGUAUUUGUAAAUGGAGUUUCAGCUUAUGAAUCGUCCUCCUGCUACCCAGGUUUUUUUCAGUGCAACUCUGGAUGUCUUCCACUAUAUACUCUCUGCGAUGGUUCCUUUGACUGCGAGGAUCAAUCUGAUGAGUUAGCAUGUUCUUCAAACUGCAACUUUACUUUGAAGGACUUCUAUGGUGUCUUCUCUCCUCUUGGAUAUCCAUUUGUUCCAUCCUCUUCCAUGCCUUUUUAUUGUCGUUGGCUGAUUGAUUCUGAAGAUAGCCGAGGUCUUGUCCUGCAGUUCUCUGCCCUAGGUCUGUCUGAGCAGGAUGCUCUCGUAGUUUAUGAAAAUAGUGUUGGGGAAUUUCCACACCUUCUCCGUGCCUUAGAUAAACACAGUAAUGGGAAAUCUGUCACCGUGGAGUCUUCUGGUGGAAGAGUCUUGGUUGUUUAUCAGUACUACCCAAGCCACACUCGUAUCCCCAAUGUUGGGUCUCCUAUAACUUAUGACAGCAGAUUUCGCCUUCCCAGCUCAUUGGUUCAUGAGCCAAGUUCACGCUUCUUCGACCAGAUGGGUUCACCUCCCUCUCGUUCUCGCUUUUCUGGCUAUAGUGCUGGCAGCUCUUUUUCUUCUUUUCUUCCUAGAUUUAAUGCCACUUAUCGUGUACAUGGCUACUGCCUUCCUUGGGAUCAGCCUUGCGGUUCCAGUCCAGGUCUUUUGUGGGAGGAUGGAAUGGAAGUAGGAGGAGGAUGUUUUUCAGAUUCACAGCGUUGUGAUGGAGUUUGGGACUGUGCCAAUGGCAGAGAUGAAGCUAAUUGUUCUGGCUGUGCUGAAGGUCACUAUCCCUGUGCCAUAAGCCGAGCUUGCUAUCCCCUUGCCGAAAGGUGUAAUUACCAGACAUCUUGCCAAGAUGGAACAGAUGAAAGAGGCUGUCGUGGAUGUCAGCCUGGAGGCUUCCAUUGUGACAUAGACCGCUGUGUUUAUGAAGCUUGGGUGUGUGAUGGACAAGCUGACUGUCGGGAUGGAAGUGAUGAGAAAAACUGUGGGUACACACUUCCAAGGAAAGUGAUUGCUGCAGCUGUGAUUGGGAGCUUGAUAUGUGCUACAUUACUGGUGGUAGCCCUUGGAUGUACAUGCCGACUGUAUACUUCACGAGCUCGGGAAUAUAGCAUCUUUGCUCCUCUGUCUCGGAUUGAUGCAGAAUUGAUCCAGCAGCAAGCUCCUCCAUCCUAUGGGCAAUUGAUUGCUCAGGGAGCUAUCCCUCCUGUAGAUGACUUCCCAACUGAGAGCCCAAGUGAUGGCUCAUUCAUGGGAAAUCUCCGAAGUCUACUGCAACUUUUACAUCAGACUCCGCCACAUCCUGCUGGAGGCCUAAACGAGCUGCCAACACGGCGACGCCCACCACGUCCUGUCAGACGCUUCCUCCGUCGACUCAGGCGUUGGGGACUCCUUCCUCCUCGUACCCAAGGGACACAGACUGAGACCCAUCAAAAUCAGAGUACAGGCUCGUCACAACUAGUGUCAGAGGGCAGUGAUCCUCCUUCAGCCCCACUUCUUCCAGUCAAGACCCCUUUAGACACUCCUGAUUUUUCUGUUUCCCAGACUGAGCCCGCUGUUUCUCCUUCACCAAUUUAUCCCACUGAGGAUAGGAGUGGACUAAUGAUGGGAAUGGUGCAGGUGGUCAGGGAAAGAAUUUUACUCCCACUAAGUGGAGUGGAACACUUGGGUGCAGAAAGAGCUGAGCGGCGUGAUGAUUGUGAUGUGGAGAUAGACAGGCCUGAAGAAGAGGAUGAAAUGCUGUUGUUGCCACUGGCAGAAAGCUUAGACAGCGAGUCAGGCGAUGUAAGCUUGAUUUCAUGUUAA